GAAAUAUUUAUAUAGAGAUCGGUUUCUCAGCUGCUUGUUUAGAUGGAGAAGAAACUCCAUCCUCCUGACUUAAGGCGAACUCCAUGGCCUAUUCCUAGCCGAACCCUGAAUUGAAAAGCCCCUUUGCACCCGACCCUUUUCAUUGCUCAUUCCUUCUUCUCUUCCAUUAUCAUUGCAAUAGAAAAAGUCUACUGAAGGUGACGAGAAAGAAAAAAUCAUAGAGAUGGAUAUACGAAAGUUGUGCAUUUUCAUGAUUUUCUUUGUUCUGUUCAUCUCCAUGGAUCCCACCUUUGUUCAGGCUGACGGGAAUGACGAUGGGAACAACAAGAAGAAUAAUGGGAACAAUGACGACGACGACAACAACAACAACAGUAACAAUGGCAAUGGGAAAAACAACAACAAUAAUGGGAACAACAGCAACCAAGAAGAUGAUCCUACCACAACAGAUUACGACGAGUUGGCACCAGCAAAAACGGGACAGGAACGAGCUAUGUGCAAAGCGAAGGGGGCAUGCAAGUCCAAAACCCUUACGUGUCCAUCUCAGUGCCCGGAGAGGAAGCCCAAGAAUAACAAGAAGAUGAAGAAGGGAUGCUUUGUUGACUGCAGUAGCAAGUGUGAAGUCACUUGCAAGUAUAGAAAACCCAGCUGCAAUGGAUAUGGCUCUCUCUGCUAUGAUCCUCGGUUUGUUGGUGGGGAUGGUGUGAUGUUCUACUUCCAUGGAGCGAAGGGAGGAAACUUUGCCAUUGUUUCGGAUGAUAACCUCCAAAUCAAUGCUCAUUUCAUUGGAACCCGACCACAAGGAAGGACUCGUGACUUUACAUGGGUGCAAGCCCUGGCUGUCAUGUUUGACACUCACACCCUUGUUAUUGCUGCAAAGAGAGUCACACACUGGGACGAUAAUGUUGAUGCUCUUUCUUUGAGGUGGGAUGGCGAGGCUGUCGACAUUGCUAACAAUGGAGAGGGAGAAUGGAGGACUAAUGGUGAAGAAAGAGAAGUGGUAGUUGAGAGAACAGAUGAUGCUAACAGUGCAAGAGUUACAGUUGCUCAUCUGGUUGAAAUAGACAUUAGGGUGACACCAAUUGGACAGAACGAAAAUAAGGUUCAUAACUACCAGAUACCAGCAGAUGAUGCUUUUGCUCACUUGGAGACACAGUUCAGGUUUGCCAAGCUGACAGAUUUUGUGGAGGGAGUGUUGGGAAAGACAUACACGCCAGACUAUGUUAGCCCUGUGAAGAUUGGGGUUCCUAUGCCAAUGAUGGGCGGGGAGGACAAGUACCAGACUCCAUCCCUCUAUUCACCUAUUUGCAAAGCUUGCAGGUUUCAGAGGCAACCUGCAAUUGGUUCUAUGAAGGAAGUUGCUCAGUACUCAUGACAAUCAAGUUAAAUAGACAAAUUGGUCUUUGAAAACAAAUCUGUAGUUGUCUGCAGGAGACGUUUAUCUUGUUAAUUUGGGUCUUCGGCUUUGUGUUUGACUGAAUACAGAAAUAAGGGCUCUAACGCUUGCCCAUGGCACUGUCAUCUUCAUAAAUCUGUGAUCAUUUCAUCUUUCAAUAAAUUCUUUUCAAGUUCUUGGUGAUUGAAGUUUUUUUUUUAACCUUUUGGCUAAACUUGGAGAAAACUAAUUUUUCUUUUUACCUUAAUAUAUAUUUAUACAUAGUUACAAGAAAUUGUGGAAUAGUUUAUUCAAAUAGAACUUUCUGAUGAAUGAGGAUGCCUACAAAAUCUUAUAAUUUUGCUUAUUGAUGAAUGGAGAUACUUCUUGUCCAAUUAGUUAUGAUGGCUUGGGGAUAAGUACUCUAGAGGAGACAACUGCAUGGCUAGAUGCAUGGACAAAGGAAGAUUUGCUAAACUCAUGGUUAGAUCUCUCUUUCCCCACCAUGAAAAAUAUAUUGAAGCUUAUUAUAUUAA